AUGCGCUUAGGUCACUUGCACAUCCCGGGUCUGAUCCCUUACGGCCACUCUUUGCGUCUGCAAACGGCGAUUUUGGAAACACAUUCUCAAUACAAGCAGUGGCUCCGUGCGGCCAUAACAGAUGACGCAGCAACACCAGCGGUGGACGGAGGGAGACGCUCGGGCGAGGCAACGAAUAGUGCGCAUCCACCGACGUUCGACGACCAGGGCAAGGACCCUGGCGGGAGGCAGCAGCGGUGCCGAAGUAUCAUCGAUGCUGCUGCUGCUGCUCCUCCUGGUGCUGAGAAUGAUGAUGACACAGCGGGGACACGCACCUCACUGCAAGUCAAUACAAGGAGUCCACGGCACGAUCGACCUGACUCUAUAUUGCUUGGCGCCGGAUCUGGAAACUGCACUACAAAGAAUACGACGACAGCCUCCUUGCGCCUCCACCCCAAUGCAAGCUCCCUGCUGCCUUGGGAGACCGGCUCAUCCAGCUCGCGGACACCUUCGCACAUCCCGACGCCCCCAGAUCCUGUCCUCCUGACGUUCAGCACCCCACCCACCUAUACCGUCGGACGCCGCCACCUCCUCGCGAAUCCCAUCUCGGCAGACCAGCAGGCCUUCCUGUCUGCCAACGGCCUAGCCACUUUUCACGCUUCCCCACGUGGUGGCCUCCUCACCUACCACGCUCCCGGCCAAUUGACAGGCUACGUCAUUGUCGACCUGCGGAGGUUCGGCAUCACCGCGAGGUGCUGGGUGAAACUGUUGGAGGAGAGUGUCAUGCGCACCUGCCGUCGCUGGGGGGUUCUCACCGCAAGGACAGACGACCCGGGGGUGUGGGUGCUGGAUCCUCGCCACGUCACAGACCGGGAAGGAACAGCAGCAACAUCAGCACCAGCAGCAAGCGAUCGCAAAAUCUGUGCGAUCGGCGUCCAGGUCUCGCGUGGUGUUACCUCUCAUGGAGUAGGGUUGAACGUAUAUGACGCACCACUGCCCUCGGAGUCUCCUUCGUCUAUUUCACGCUCAGCAGAACUCUCGUCUUUCCCGUCAACAUCGCCCUCUGGUUCUUCUUCUUCUGCUGCUGCCGCUGCCGCCGUGUCCUCUUCAAGCCGCACAGGAAUCUAUGACUUCACCCCAGCCCAAGUGUCCUCACCGUCCUACGACCCUUCCACGCGAGGGUACUUGUCAUGGGGCUUCAGCCGCAUCGUGGCCUGCGGCCUGGAAGGGAAGAGUGUGACCUGGCUGACGAGGGAGAUGUUACGCUCGCAUCACGCACCGUAUUCUUCAUCUACGGCCUCGAUCGGAGACUCCCGUCCGAGUAUCCCAUCAAUGGAAUCUGUCGCCGACGUCUUCGCGCGCGAGAUCGUCCACGGACUGAACGCCAUGAAGGCUGAGGGUAAGGAGAUGGUGGAGGGCGUUUACAGGAUCCAAGAGUCGGAUCUUCUCUGA